CUUGAACUUGAAAGUCACGACCGACAGCCAGCUAUGGUACAGACACACAACACACCCAUCACGACACGCAAGAAAAAAAGUCACUCACACGCAGAAUGAAAGGAAAAAGAUGGCACCACACACAGACAUUAUGCGCGACAACGCGGCGAUGCGCCUCCUGCGGCACCGAGUGACACACACGCGCACACACGAAGACCACACGAGAUAGAUCGAUAAAAAACACUGCAAGAGGCACAUACAGCCAGACACAGCUCUCUCCCUCACUCACUGCCCCGCCACAUGCAGCACCUCUAUCUCGUCAGCCAUGGAGUACUUUGACCCACCUAACAGAGCAUUGCCACCCUCAUCCCUCUCUCCCGUGUAGCCCGCAGGCACAUUCUCGCUGGGAGUGUACUGAUAGCAGCUCGUGAUCCCCGUCUCGGGGAACUCACCGAGACGGAGAUGCACGAGGUGGUGGUGCACGAGGUAUGACAGAGGUACACCCGCCUCAAUGACAGCAGACGUAUUCCCAUACUUCCUCCCCGCCACAUCCACAAUCUGCUGUCGUGUGAUGUUCAUCUUGGUCGGCUUGGGGAAGUGGCCGGCCAGUGAGAAAAACCACACAUCACAGCACACAUCACGCCUGGCCCACCAAGAAAGGGUCCAAUACGGCAGAAGACGGGAACGGUCGUCAGGCAGCUGCAGGCCGGCAUUGAUGUACACGCCGAACAGAUAUGUGUCCUUCUUGAUGAUAAUCGCCAGGCCGGUCCUGGUGCCCACACAGCCCAGGAGAUCGUCAAGUGUGGUGCCGUCACGCGACGACCUGAGUCAUACACACACAUACACGUGUGCACCUACUGCUGCUAGUAUUAGAAUGUGUGCUCCGCCGCCUACCUGUAGACGGCAGUGAGUCGCUUGGCGCCCAGCCACUCAAACAGGGCUGCAUGCUGUUCACAUGUGAGCAGCGAAUCAGCCCAUCCCUGCAAGUGUCAUAUGAACCACGGGGCAAUACACGGCCAGUGUGACAAGGCAAACGGACACGUGUACCACUUGCCUUCUCGAUUGCCGCCUUGAUGGCCGUGAUGGCCGCCCGGUCGGCUGCGUUGCUCUCCUUCAGCGCCUGGCCCUCUGCCUCCUGCGAUGCGACAGAUGUUGCCAAGGUGCAUACUGUCGGUGUGUGCGAUGUGUGCUUCAUACCUGUGUGUCGACUUUGGCUUGGAGCGUCUCUAUCUGGGCUUCCUGCACCCACACACACAACACAUCAAUGUUGCAAGGAAACGACAGUGUCAAGUCCUCCAGCCAACACACCAGUGCAGCGACUUGAUCUUUCAGCUGUCGAUUCUGAACAAGAAGAGAGAAAUGGCCACAGUCACAUAGCAGACAAGUCUGGGUGCAAAUGCAUCACUCACCUCCUCUGAGGCUGCUCUGGCUGUCUCCUCAGCUUGCGCGAUCUGGUCUCCCGCCUGCUCGAGCGUCAUGAUGCGCGGGGAGGACGGCGCAAGUCCCGGGCUGUAUGGUGGAGGGGGUGCGAUGGACGGGUAGAGGUCGUUAAAAUCGGGAGCAGUGGCAGGUGGCCCUUGCUCGGCAGGCGAGGGCUGCUCGAACCGGUGCAUCAAUUGAUCACAACACACACAUGCUCGGCUGUGAAUGAUCCAUUCGAAUGAGCACUGACUCACCUGCUGCUCUGCCCUCCCAUCUCUUCAGUGCACCGCCACAUCAGAUCUGCAUUCAGUGCAACGACAAUUCAUCAAGUCAGUCGAGGUCGUCUGUUUGCUCCCUGCCGCCCUCACCUGGCCUCCUGCUGCCACGGAUGAGACCAAACACGCCGCUCGUCCGCCACUGAUUAUUCGCAAACCCCCCGACCGCAACAAGUGAUACGAAUGCUCAGCUUCGGCUGCCUUCGAGAUCUGCAAUGGCAGUGAGCACGGCAGUGUCGCUGCACCCUCUCACGGACG